GAAUGGUUCAAUUAUGAAAUAGAUUCGGAUGAAGAAUGGGAGGAAGAGGAACCAGGUGAAUCUUUGCGUGGUUCUGACGAUGAGAAAGAUGAUGAAAACCCGGAGGACAACGAGUACGAUGUAGACAACGAUUUCAUGGUUCCUCAUGGAACCCUGAAACACAAAAGUUCAAGUUGAAAUUACUCGGAGAACAGUUUGAAUUCGAAAGGAAUGCAAAGACCGCGAAAUUGAAGCCAAAAAUAGUAGGCUGCAUUUGGAGAGGACGUGAAAAUAAAUUUCCAUCAAACGGUGAAUAUUCGAUAUCUAAAACGUUAUAUACAUUUCUAAAAAAAUCAGUCCGGAAGAUCAAGCUGAUUUUUUUUAUUUUUAGAAUAUCAUCUAACGUUUGCUACUUGUUUUCAGUAUCAGAAAAAAUCGUGGACUUCUUGUCAGCCCGAGAGGCCUGGGUAUAUCAGAUACCGGUGUCACUGCCAACUACAAAUGAUGGCUUGACAAACAGCAACUGUAACACACCUGUAAAGCAGCAAGCGCCGAAGAAGACACGAUUUCCGGACGCAGCCAUGCCAGAUUUGAUUCGUCUGAUACAUGGAAACACGUACAGCAAGAAAUACCUUGUGAAAGAGUUCAUAGCCUACUGGAGUAAGAAGAACAAUGGAGCUGAGAAUCAGCUGUCAAAAAUCAGUAUAUUGAAAAAAAUUUGUGAGAUUGGGAAGUGGAUGCCAUGUCCAGAAGAGGGACCGAUGCAUUCCAAGGCUUGCUGGUAUGUGAAUGAAAAUAUCAGAAAGGAACAUGUCAGCGAAGAGCUUGCUUUGCCAAACAAUUGGUCAUAUGUCGUGCCUCUAAAGAAGAAAGAUUUCACGGAAUUAACAUCGUACCUCACUCCGAAGUGA